AUGAAGACUCUGCUCGUCCUGGUUCUCUGCUCCCUGGCUGUCGUCUGUCUGACCGACGGCUUGUUUGUGGAGAAGGAGCAGGCGUCCACCGUGGUGAGACAGAAGAGAGCUGCAGGAGAGUUAACACUCACCCAGCUGGAGAGCCUGAGUGAAGUGUGCGAGGCCGACCUGGCCUGUGACGACAUGAUGGACACCGAUGGAAUCAUCGCCGCCUACACCGCCUACUACGGACCAAUCCCCUAUUAG